GUGCAUUUUCAGCUGCAGCGUUAACAUCUUUAUUUUGAAAACCAUCUAACCGGAAUUGGUGUUGUGGUUAGCGGAAGCCACACUUUUAGCUUCAGGAAACCCGCUGGCAGGAAAAACCUUUCUUUCUGUACUGAAUCUGGUCAACACCAAAACCGACACAAGCCGAAACGGAAACGAAUUCCACCUAAUGGACCCUCGGUUCAAGACGGUGUCCCGCGGGGGUGUCUGUCGGUAGCAAGUCUGGGUGCGGAAGCUCCGGGCAGGAACCAGAACCAGGCCCGGGCGGACACAGGCGGCACUGUGUUUUUUUGACGCCGGCGGUUGCUGCUCUGUGCAUCAUUGUUUGUAUGCUGUAUUUAGGGUCAUUGUAAUGUGUUGGCUGUUGUUUGGAUUUAGACAGCACGUCUCUGCGGAUGGAUGUAGAGACUGGAGCAUGGAACAUAGCGUUAGCUUCAUUGAGAGCUAACAGCGGAUUUAACAGAGCACAACUUUCAGGAAUGAGCUACAGUCUGUGCUUUAUUGGAUGAAGAGGACUCAUUUCACACAGUGUAACCUCUGUCAUUCGAUCUAUUAGCUCCUGUAUAAAGGCCUAAUGAAUGUUUGUGUUUUGAGCACAGUGGUGUAGCUAAAGUCUCUAGCUGCUAACUUUAGUUCAGCCCGUCUCCACCGCCCUAAUGAAAGAGUACAAAGUUGUUGUUCUGGGCAGCGGCGGCGUCGGAAAGUCCGCGCUGACCGUCCAGUUUGUCACCGGCACCUUCAUCGAGAAAUACGACCCGACCAUCGAGGACUUCUACCGCAAAGAGAUCGAGGUAGACUCGUCCCCCUCCGUGUUGGAGAUCCUAGACACGGCAGGAACCGAGCAGUUUGCUUCCAUGAGGGAUCUGUAUAUCAAGAACGGUCAGGGAUUCAUCCUGGUCUACAGCCUGGUUAACCAGCAGUCAUUCCAGGAUAUCAGGCCAAUGCGAGACCAAAUAGUGCGAGUGAAGCGUUUUGAGAAGGUGCCAUUGAUCCUGGUAGGAAAUAAAGUGGACCUGGAGUCUGAACGUGAGGUUGCUGGUUCAGACGGGCGAGCUCUGGCUCAAGAGUGGGGCUGCCCUUUUAUUGAAACUUCAGCCAAGAGCAAGACCAUGGUGGACGAGCUGUUUGCAGAGAUUGUGCGGCAGAUGAAUUAUUCCACACUGCCAGAGAAGCAGGAACAGUGCUGCACGGCCUGUGUGGUGCAGUGAGGAACAGAAAUAGAUGCCUCAUUCGUCUGGAUCACCGCAAACAAUUUGAUAAACCACAGGACAACGUGAAUUCAGCCCCUGUGAUUAGACCUUACUGCCGUCGGUCAGGUUUCUCACAGUGUUUUCUGACUGUCCAUCACAGGACCAGAACAUCGCCUGACCAGACAGACGUCAGUCCUAUUUUUGAUAUUAUCUUAACUGUUAAAGGACAUUUCUGCUGCAACCUUAAUGGCCUUUGAUGACCCAGGAGGGAGUCGGACACAGACUUGGCCACCUGUGACAAUUGUUUUGUUUUCUUUUCAUUUUAGUCAGAGGUAUCCCAGAAAUAAUAAUUAUAAUAAGCAAGUGUUGUGUGAUGUUGCAGCUUCUUUUUUAAAAGCUGCUGUUAUCACUAUUAUAUACUUUGUUCUUACUUGUAUUUCGUCUCCUGUUUGGAAUUUCACUGAGUAUUUGAUAAUGUUGAAACAUUUUAACUUGGCAUGCAUACUUGGACGAGUUUGCUGCCCUGUGUGAACAAUUAGAAAUUAACUUCAGGGAGACUGGACUGGAAUUCAACUUUGUGAGUUAAACCAUCACAGUAACAGCAACAGUCCAGUGUGCUGGCCAGCAGUUCUGGGCAGCAAACCAUUUUUACUUUUGCAGCAGCCGAACUCAUCUGAAAUCCCGCAUGCUCACAACUGAAAAUGUUCUGCUGCAGUCAGAAGGAAGAGCCACAUAACUGUUUUUAGCCUGAAUCACGUGAACACAGGUCUUCCAUUUUCUGUUUUCUCCCUCAGAGUCCGAGUCUGGGAGAAAAUGAUGGUGGAAGGACCACAGGAAGCUCACACUGCAUAUUUGUGUUUGAAUUUAUGUUGUGUGCCGCUUAAAAACCCAAGAGAUGCUGAUUUCACUCAUGAUAUAAAAAAGUUCUGGCACCGAUAAACUUUGUAUUUUUUCUUUUUCUUACAGUGACAUAUUUAUUAAAAUAAAUGACAUGGUAUUGGGUAGCCAGUUUUAAACUUUUAACUUUAUACUAGUUUUUGUUUUGCUUUUUGUGACUUUUCACAAUUAAUGAUAUACUUGGUUUUUGUUUUUUGAAGCUGAGAAUUUAACAGAGCCUUAAAGAAUUUCUGUUGCA